AGAAGUCUUGCCUAUUCACAAUGUUUCUCAAGUUCUAUUCCAUCGCCUUGAUCACUUGCCUGAUCAUUGGAAUCAUUGAAGCCGCCCCGCGAGCGCUUAGGUUUAUUCCCUUUGCCGUCAUUGCUGAUCUGGACAAAGAUUCUAUCAAGGAUGCGGGAAAGCAGUUCACCAGCAUCGUCAAAUACGGAGAAUUGAGGGACAAUGGAGAGAACUAUGAUCUGACCAUGAAGAGUCAGAAUCUUCACUACUUCACGCGAUUCGCCUACAACGGCAGAGGAGCUGAACUGUCCGAAUUGUUGAACUUCAACAGCAAACUUUUCACAGUCGACGACAAAACAGGUAUCGUGUUUGAGGUAAAAUAUGGUGGAAAUCUCAUUCCUUGGGUGAUCCUUGCCAAUGGCAAUGGCAACAAGCAGGAGGGCAUGAAAGCCGAAUGGGCAACAAGGAAGGGAGACAAAAUGUACGUUGGAUCCACAGGACUAAUGUGGUAUAAUGAGAAAACCAAGGAAACAAACAGUGACAGUAUGUGGGUGAAGGAAAUCAGCAGGAACGGCGAAGUAAAGAGCAUCGACUGGCACAAGCAGUACGAAGCUGUGAAAAAGGCUCUUGGCAUGACUAAUGGAUUUGUCUGGCAUGAAGCCGUAACCUGGUCAUCUCAUAAGAAACUGUGGGUAUUUCUGCCCAGGAAGUGUACAGCUGAAAAAUACAGUAGACAAAUUGAAGAGACAACAGGAUGUAAUAAGAUCAUUACCGCCAAUGAAGACUUCACCAAAGUCAAUGCGGUUUCGAUUACUGACAACAAAAAUGAUCCUGCCUCUGGAUUCUCUUCUUUCAAGUUCAUCCCAGGAACUAACAAUGAGCAUAUCUUAGCGAUUAAGACCAUUGAAAAGGAUGGUGCAACAGCAACUUAUGCGAAGGUUAUCACAUUGACCGGCAAGACUUUGCUCAGCAAGAAAAUCCUCGAUACCAAGAAUGAAGGUGUCGAAUUCAUGAGAAACCCCCAAGGAAUUGUUUAAAAUGUCACGUAAACAAUUGUGAAAGCGGUCCAUCACUAAAACUGAAAUAAAAAGUUUUCACGAUGGUCAAA